UAUGUGGGUGCGUACUUUAGCAAAUGUGUCAAGAGAGUGGCGCAAAUAGAAUAAGGGACUGGGAAAAAAAGGAAAGAAAGAAAAGAACCCUAAUUUAAAUUUAGGAACUUUAAUUUCUCCAGUAAAUGUCCCCAAAAGAAUCAUUACAUCCAUUGAAACCUCAAACGUGUCUUCGCUCUUCUUCGAUCUCUGUAACCGCAUUCUCCCUUCUCUGUUUCAUCUCUUCGUUGUAGGAUCCACCUCCCUCUUCCACGCCUUUCCUCUUCUUCUUCCUCGGAUCUCCAGACUCUUCGAUUGGAGCUCUGUAUUCUUAGGGUUAUUGGGACCUCCUCGCAAUCAUUCCGUAUGAGCAAACGAUUGGUGGGUCAACAACAAUGACGGACCAAAGCUCUGUAGAUGGGAUUCUAGACUUUCUCAAGAAGAACCGUUUCUCCAAAGCAGAGGAAGCUCUCCGCAACGAGCUCAACAACCGUUCCGACUUAAACGGGUUCCUUCAGAAGCUCAUCGUCGCUGAGGAGAAGAAAGAUUCAAGUAAAGGUUUGGAGCCAAGAGAUAGCGAAGUCUCCAAGGAGCUGAUUGUGAAAGAGAUAGACUUUGGGACUGGGGUAACCAAUGGGUCUGUAACCAACAAAUGGGAGAACGGUGGUGAGAAAGCUAGCAAGAAGGUUAUAUCUAGGGAGAUGAGUUUCACCUUCUCUGAAAACUCAGGUGAUGCUGCUGCUGCUGCGCGUUCAGGUAACGGUACCUUGGACUCUUGUCGAAACGUUGAUGAUGUUAGUGGUAGCAGCAGUUUGGUGGAUUUGUGUGCAUUGGAACAGUCACGGCGUGGUGAUGUGGUUGGUAUUGAUAAGAAGGUUGUGGAGACUGGGGAAGAUAUUGUUUUCUUUGGUAAUAAGAAGACUGGUUCCUGGUCUGGGAGUACUAGUAAAGGCAACUCCGGAUCCAAAACAAAUGAGACUGCUGAUAGGGUAAUUGAAAAUUUUGGAAAGCAUGAAAGCUAUAUGGGCGGCAGCGUUCUCUUAAGAACUGAAGAUGUGGUGGAUACUUCAACAACCUCGGAGAGCUGGAAAGAGUGUUCUGUGGAGACUCUUUUUCAAUCUUCGAGAGGGGAGGCUUCGACCAGUUACAAUCUCGCUGCUACCAGCUCGGACAAAAGAGAGGGGAAGAAAAAGACAGAGGUUAGUGACGUGAGGGCGGCAAUCAAGGAGCAGGAGAGUGAGGUGGCAAGAGCUUUAUUCUUUGGUAAAACUCAAUCUACUUUUGAUGACAAGAGCAUAAGCAGCUUAGGUUUCCCGCUUGUCUAUGACGCAAGGAAGGAAGAGUUCCCUAGGUUGCCUCCUGUUAAGCUCAAGUCUGAAGACAAUCCUCUGAGUCUUUACUGUGAAGAAAAAUUUGAGCGUGAUGGUUCAGGUUCAAGGCUAAUCAAUGAUGAUGAGGAUGCCCUUCUCAUAGGUUCAUACCUUGAUGUUCCUAUUGGACAAGAAAUCAGCUCAUCAGGUGGAAAAAAAUCUGCUGGGGGAAACUGGCUUUCAGUAAGUCAGGGAAUAGCAGAGGAUGCAUCAGAUCUUGUUUCUGGCUUUGCUACCAUCGGUGAUGGUUUGAGUGAAUCUGUUGAUUACCGUAAUGAGUACUGGGACUCUGACGAGUAUGAGGAUGACGACGACAUUGGUUAUGUCAGACAACCUAUCGAGGAUGAAACAUGGUUUCUUGCCCAUGAAAUUGAUUAUCCAAGUGAUCACGAGAAAGGAACGACCCGGGGAAGCCCUGAUCACCAUGGAACAGAUGCAACCAAAGACGAGGAAGAUCAGUCUUAUACAGAGGAGGCUUCUUAUCUAUCCGGUGAACAGUACACUCAAGCAAAAGAUACUGAACCUAUUUCUUCAGAGAAUGACAGAAGACUUACCGUCUCAGAGAUCUAUCCAGAUAGCAAGAAAAAUGAUUUGAUUUCCCAGUAUGAUGGGCAACUGAUGGAUGAAGAAGUGCUCAGUUCGAUGCGUAACGAGCCUGUUUGGCAGGGGUUUGUAGCUCAGACAAACGAACUUCUCAUGAUGGGUGGUGGUGAUAAGAAAGUUCAUAGAAAAUCUCAUCUUGAUGAUGUUUGCCUCGAAGAUGACCAGCAUGAUUCGGUCAGGUCAAUUGGUGUUGGUAUUAACAGCGAUGCAGCUGAUUUUGGCAGUGAAGUGCGUGAAAGUUUGGCUGGAGGGAGCAGUGAGGGAGAUUUUGAGUACUCCCGUGAUCAUGAUGCUGUAGUAUCCAGGUUUAAACAGCUUUACUCUGAGUCAGAGAAGAAACAUAUUGAUGGGGAAAGCAAGAAUAAACAGAAAGGAAGCAAGAAUGAUGGUCCACAUUACAUUGUAGAUAAUGAUUCAGGAGAGAGUUUUCAUGUGAAGAAGACGCAAACUGAUGGAGGUUUUUCGUUUGGCAGAAAGGAUGGGCAGUUGAUGCACGCAGAGUCUAGUAAAUCAUUAUGGUCAGGCAAUAAUAACAAAACGGCAACCAGAGAUAAGAACGCUGAACGUUCUAAUGAUGAUAUGGUUGCAACUUGGAGACGGAAAAGUAGUGAUUCGUCAAGUUCGGUGAAAGAAGAAGACCUAAAAUCUGUAAACUCAUCUCCCUCUUCUCUGUCAAAUUAUGCUUGCGAAGAAAGAAAGCAUGCUGAUAAAGAAGAUGAUAGAAAUGAUAGCAGUGAAGGAGAGGACGACAAUGUGACAGCAAUUGAUGAUGAAGAGGCAGUGGCUGUCCAAGAGCAAGUUAGACAAAUUAAGGCACAAGAGGAGGAGUUCGAAACCUUUAACCUCAAAAUCGUGCAUAGAAAAAACAGGACUGGUUUCGAAGAGGAGAAGAACUUCCACGUGGUUUUAAAUUCGGUCAUUGCUGGGCGUUACCAUGUGACUGAGUACCUUGGAUCAGCAGCCUUCAGUAAAGCCAUACAAGCGCAUGACUUGCAGACAGGAAUGGACGUCUGUAUAAAAAUCAUAAAGAACAACAAAGACUUCUUUGACCAGAGUCUUGACGAGAUAAAACUUUUGAAGUAUGUCAAUAAGCAUGAUCCUGCUGACAAAUAUCAUCUUCUCCGUUUGUAUGAUUACUUUUACUACCGGGAGCAUUUGCUAAUUGUAUGUGAACUUCUUAAGGCCAAUCUAUACGAAUUCCACAAAUUUAACAGAGAAUCAGGCGGUGAAGUUUAUUUUACAAUGCCAAGAUUGCAGUCAAUCACUAUCCAAUGCCUUGAAGCACUUCAGUUUCUACAUGGCCUUGGGCUCAUACACUGUGAUUUGAAGCCUGAGAACAUAUUGGUGAAAAGCUACAGCAGGUGUGAAAUAAAAGUCAUCGACCUUGGUAGUAGCUGUUUCGAGACGGAUCACCUAUGCUCCUAUGUCCAGUCGAGGUCGUAUAGAGCACCAGAAGUCAUUUUAGGACUUCCUUAUGAUAAAAAGAUAGACGUGUGGUCUCUUGGAUGCAUUUUAGCUGAACUAUGUACAGGCAAUGUUCUUUUCCAGAAUGAUUCUCCAGCAAGUUUGCUUGCAAGGGUUAUGGGAAUCGUAGGAAGUAUCGAUCAUGAAAUGCUUACCAAGGGACGUGAUUCCCACAAGUACUUUACUAAAAACAGAAUGCUCUAUGAGCGGAAUCAGGAAAGCAAUAGAUUGGAGUACCUGAUACCUAAAAGAACAUCACUGAGACAUAGGCUGCCAAUGGGAGACCAAGGAUUCACAGACUUUGUGGCUCAUCUUCUUGAGAUAAACCCAAAGAAGCGUCCUUCUGCAUCAGAGGCUCUCAAGCACCCUUGGCUUUCAUACCCAUACGAGCCUAUCUCUGCUUAAAAAUCUCCUGAAACGAGUGAGUUACUUUACUCUGGCUAGCAGCAAAAACAGCUGAUUAGUGGGGGAAGAACCUUGUUAUCUGUGCAAUGUUCAAGCUUGACCCAUUAAAAUGUAAGUUUUUCUUCCCUUGUGACUGACUGUCUUCAGUCAAAAGAGGUUUGUGUGUGUGCAAAGGUGAGAUGACAAGAAAAAAGCUUUUGUGAAAUUUAAUUAGAUCAUGUAACACUGUUGUUGUUGUCAAACUUGUGAUUAUUAUUAUUUUUUCUCUUAGAACAGAUUGUAGCGAGACUUUUUUUCUUAUUAUCUGAUGAUCAUCCUUACUCCU